AUUCAUGGCACGGGCAGCAAGUUCAGCAUCAGACAAAAGCUUCGGGCGAGCUACUAGGUACAAAUUCCUGCUCUUUACGACUUGGUCCGGCCGGGUGGCUUUCACUUGGUCAGUUGGGCGAUUGAUUCACCUGUCUCUUUUCAAUCCAUUUAAUUUGCUGUGCUUUAGGUGAGGUGCAUUGUCAGAAAGUAAGUGGUACAGUAGUACUACACAGAAGUGAACUGGAGAAAUAAAUCGUGAUGGUUAAGCAGUAAAGCUUCAAGAAACAAAUUAAGCAUGACCAAUCUGACGGUGCAGCGUCAGCUGGUCAUUAUUAGUGGAUGCAGGCUUGUGGUCAGUCGUCAAUAAAACCGAGGCUUGCAAAUCACACUCUCGUAGUACCGCACUCCAUUAUUAAACCCAAGCUCUCCGAUCCAUUGUUGUACCGCUGGGUCCUUCCAGCAGCUCCAGUCCAGAGCAAAGCCAAAGCCACGCUACGUACUAUAAAACGCCACGGGACAGGCCCUCUGCAGCAGUCAGCAGAGCAGGAAUGGGCUCGAAGCUGCAGCCGGCGCUCCGGCCGAACCCCGCCGAGAGAGGCUGCGGCGGCGACGGCAGGGCGGCGUCGCUGAGUGAGCGGUCGAGCCUCACGAACGCGUCCUUCAGGGUGUACUACAGCCUGCGCGCCGGCGCCGUGCCGUUCCUCUGGGAGUCCGCGCCCGGCACGCCAAAGAGGGACGCGGACGCCGUCUCCCCGGAGUCGCCCAUCUCCACCACCACAUCGAGCGGUGGGGCGGCGAUGCUGCUUCCGCCCCUCUCGCCGCCGCCGUCAUACCACUCGCGGUUCCAGCGGAAGGGGAGGAGGUCGUCGUGGACGGCGGCGGCGGGUGGCAUCGUGAGGGCGCUGCUCGGCGUGCUUGGGCUCAGGAAAAGCCACCGCCGGCGUCCCGCCUAGUCGUCGUGUCUUUAAACUGCCGACGUUGCAACUUGUGUGUUUGUACUAGUAGGUACAUGCUGGCGUCAUCGUUAAGCAACACGAGCGAUUAAUUAUGGACACCACGUGGAUCACUUUUGCUAUGUUCUUCUUUAAAAACAAUUGACUUCUGCUUUACAUUCUAUCCU